AUGGACAGUCCAAUUCCCAAGCCAAGCAUAUCUGUCGACGAAAAACAGUCUUUAGAUCGCCAUUCAUCGAAUGCAGAUGAUCAUUCAAACCAUGGGCCAGCAGGAAAGCGCAAGCUGCCAUUAGGCUGGAAGAUCCUCAUGAUCGUCUUGACCUGCCUCUGCACAUUCGGGAACCACUGGUCGAAUGCCCUCAUUGUUGCUCUCAAGACGACGAUAAUCAAGAAUCUCCAUAUAAAUAAUUCGCAAUUCGCAACAUUGGUUGCCGUCACCAAUCUCGUUAAUACCUUCCUGUGCAUCGGAAUUGGCUUUUGCAUAGACAGAUGGGGCGGAGCACCCCUUUCAGUGGUCCUUGCAUUUUUUCACCUCUGCGGCUCCGUGGUUAUGUCUGGCUCGGCCACGAACCACCUGAAUAGCUAUCCACUGCUGAUUUUUGGCAAAGUCCUAGCUGCUAUCGGAGAUGGGUCGUUGGACAAUGCGCAGCAUCGCAUAUUCUCAACGUACUUUGCGCCAGGGAAAGGCUUUGCGUUCUCCAUCGGAGCAAUAUGGUACGUGGGCUUUGCGAUACGUCUGCAGCCUUCUUAUAUCGUUGAGAAAAGGUCGGUGGCCAAUCUAGCGCAAUUCACCGGACAGUCAACUGCCAACAUCAUAUCGACUAACACACACACGUUCGCCUGGACCUUAUGGAUCAGCUCCAUCAUUGCGUUGUUCUCUCUGCUAUGCGCGAUCGCCUUGGUCUUCUUGGACCGCUACCUCCGUGUCAAGUAUGAUGUCACAGAUCAGACCAGCGGGGAGCGUCACGUAGGCCGCAUCAAGACCGGCACGUUCAAUCUCUCGGCUAUAAGACAUCUACCCAUUACCUUUUGGCUCAUCGUCCUUUUUGCCGUGUUCGAGAAUGCUGGAGUGCAAUCCUUUGUCUCGAUCUCCACACAAUUUGCGCAGCAGAGAUUGCAAAAGGACGCUGUGAUUGGGGGAUGGGUUUCAAGCUUCUACUUGCUGUUGCCUGCAGGUCUGACUCCGUUCCUCGGCAUCUUCAUCGAUGUCUUCGGCCACCGUGUGUCGUUCCUGUUUGUAUCGGGACUCACCUUCCUGAUCUCUAUGCUACUUCUCAAGUUCUCGCACACAGUUCCCUCAUUUGUGACACCGGCGCCGCAAGUUGAGAUAGUCCGAAGCAUCAUACCCGAUCCUUCUUACUUCGCCACAGGGUUUGCUAUUAAAAAGUCAGUGGUACAAGCCUCCAUCGUGAUCAUCACUACCGCUGCUGGGAGACUCCAGGAUCUGUCUCCGACGGACUCUCUAGACCCCGCCGUUUCCCUUUGGCUUUCAUACGCCUUCGUUUCAGUAGCAGUAUCUGGACUUCUCCUCGUCCUUUCUUUUGGAAAGACCACCUUGCCUGCCGCCCGCCUCAGCCAGGUGCGUCCGACGGACAAGAAGGGGGAGUUGGAGGCGAUAUGGAGGGCACAGGUCCGUGGUAUCUCUGGAGAAGAAGAGCUGAGCUGGCAAGAGAAGGAGAAGAUCCUGAAAUCACCUUCGGAACGUUCGACAUUGCUCGUCUCGUUUGUCUACCCUCUCAUCGCGCUUGUCAUCAUCAUUUUGGGAUGGGUCAUGUUCGGGCUCGGAGCGGGCUGGGGCGUGCAUGGGAGUGUCAUCGCGGGAACGACUGGGGAGUAG